UCGGUUAGUUUCAGUUUGCACUGGUAACGUCUGCGAGCUUGUUCAUUGAUUUUGUAACUUCGUUUUUCCGUAGUUUCCUGUUUUUUUCUCUCUCUCUCUCUCUCUCUCUCUCGUUUGCCCUCGUCUCGCGCCAUGCAGUCGUCGUGGUCGUCGUGUAAAGUAAUUAUAAUACUAUUUAUAGUUGCCAGUACGGUGGAAACGUACACGCCUCCCAAAGACGUUCCUCGUUGCGAUUGCGAUCAUUGCGACGACGUGGUAAAGGUAAAGGUUGACGGAUCCGAAGGAGAUAGAAACGUAUCGGCGUUGAACAAAGAAGAUAGCGAUGGCGACGGCGAUCGAGUUAUUUGCGCUCGAAAUCGCGAAUUCAAUGAUCGUACCUUUCCAAGCGUUUGUCAUAUGUUGUGUUACAAUCGCUGUUUGAUACUACGAAUUUCGACUGUCACGGUGAAUGACACGAUCAAACAUGUCGCGAGAGCGUUUAGAAACAAUUAUUACAAGCUACGGGAUGGAGAGUGUUGAAGAGGUUUUUUGCUUUCUUCUGUAAAUUAGUCGUCGUGGCUUCGUCUUGUUUGCUGUGAACGGGGGUACGACGAGGUUAGUAAAUUCAUUUGCAAUUUGGUACGUCGAUAUAUAUAUAUACGAGAUAUUAUUAUUAUUGAAGAUUAUAGACAUGUAUGCUUCACGUGAUUAAUUUGAACGCGAAUAUUUUAUAAAUGGAAAAUAAAUAUGUUUGCAUAGAAAUAUGUAUUAUUUGUAUUACGAAAGAUUAUAGAAAUUUCACACGUUAGGCAGUAAUAAUAAAUAAUUGAGAUCAAUAGAAAUACAUAUGUGGAAUUAAAUAAUAUUUUCUAUGGAUAUUCGUAUACAAUAGUGUGUUGAUGUAUAUCAUGUCAAUUUUGUACAAUGUAAAUUAAAAAUUAUUAACAAAUGUA